AUGUCUCGAGGAAACGUUGGCUCCACUGGCUUGUCUAGAUUACAAUUGGCUCUUAUCAUCGGAACUCCUGUAGUCAUUGGCGUUGGCUACUAUCUGUACAAAAAGAACAGUAAGUCGUCAUUGGAUGAUGAUGGGAAACCCACUUCAUCCAAAAAGAUUCCUCUUAAAAGCUUAAAAGACCAGUCGAUAUCUCUUGACGGUACAGAAAGCGAAAAAGACGUCGAAAAGAAAAAGAAAGCCGAAUUGGAAAGCGAGAAACUGUCGCCUUUAAAAGAGGCAACGAAUUACAAGAACGAAGGAAAUGUGUGCUAUCGCAAAGGCAAAUACGACGAAGCGAUAUUGUUUUAUGACAAAGCCAUAGACAAAUGUCCACCACAGAAUCACAACGACUUGGCUAUCUUUUAUCAAAAUCGGGCGGCUGCCUAUGAAAUGUUGAAGAAGUGGUCGAAAGUGAAGGAAGACUGUUCUAAUUCUAUAUUACACAAUCCUCGGUAUGCCAAAGCCUAUUUCCGCCGAGCGAAAGCUAGCGAAGCCACAAAUGAUUUACUCGAGUGCCUUGACGAUGUAACGGCGACUUGUAUUUUGGAAAUGUUCCAAAAUCAAAACACAAUUUUGUAUGCUGAUAGAAUUCUAAAGACAACUGGAAGAAUUGAUGCUGCCAAGGCUAUUGUUACAAGAGUUCCAAUUUUACCUUCGAAGAAUUUCAUUAAGACAUUCUUUAAGUCGUUUGUCCAGGAUCCAUGUGUGGUGAAAGAAGUUCCAAAAUCAGAAGAUCCAAAAGGAUAUGUGCGAGCUAAAAUGGCAUUUGAUAGUGGUAAAUUUGAUGAUGUAAUACCAGCGUGCACUGAAGAAAUUGAAUCUAGUGAAUCGGAAUCACAGUAUAAAUCUGAAGCUCUUCUGAUGCGAGGAACUUUCCAUUUGUUGUCUGCCAACUUUGCCGAUUCAAAAACAGACUUGGAUGCCGUCAUCAAUAAUGCUGAUGCCGACGUCAAUCUACGAGCAAAUGCACUCAUCAAACGAGCCUCGCUUCAUAUUCAGCUUGACGAUAAAAAUACGGGCAUGGCUGAUUUCGAACUGUCUGUAAAACUUGCACCCAAAAAUCCCGAUGUCUACCACCAACGUGCUCAAAUCUAUAUUCUUAUGGAUCAGUUGGACGAAGCCCUUAAAGAAUUUGAAAUGUCUGUUAAAUUGGCUCCCAAACAUGCUAUCGCCUACAUACAAAAGUGCUAUGCCGAAUAUAGACUGUCAAUAUUGAAUCAAGAUCAAAUGCGCCUCAUGGCGAUCAUGAAUGAGUUUAAGAAUGCCGUCGAAAAGUUCCCCGAUUGUGUGGAGUGCUACAGUCUGAUGGCCCAAGUCCUCAGUGACCAAUCACAAUUCGAUCAAGCCGAUUCGUUCUUUGAAAAAGCAAUAAAAAUGGCUCCAGAAAAUGCCUCAUUCUAUGUGCAUCGCGGUAUUAUGUGGUUGCAGUGGAAAGGAGAUGUUGAUAAGUCUGUUGCCUUAAUGAAGAAGAGUAUUGAAAUCGAUGAGAAGUGUGAACUAGCCUACGAAACACUGGGAACCAUUGAAGUACAACGUGCUAAUCUAGACGGAGCUGUUGAAUUGUUCGAAAAGGCCAUCAAAUUGGCCAAGAGUCAAACGGAAAUGUCGCAUUUAUAUGCAUUAAGAAACGCUGCUGUUGCCCAAAUAAAUGUUACACGAAAACUUGGAAUCGAUUUGUCAGCGAUAUCGGCUCUGGGGCGUUAAAUAUUUUUUAUUUUAGAGAAACAAACACUUCUUCUUUGGCACCUCACAAUGUCAUUGCAAUUUGUAUUUUUAACUAAUUUUAUAAUUGUUUUUCCCUUGUUCAUUUUUUUUUCACAUUUGAUUGAGUUUCAUUUAAGAAAAAAAAAAAAAAUUCUUCGUUCCUUUUUAUUUUAUUUGUAUUCGACAACAACUAGCGUGGCAUUUUUUUUUAUCGAAUACAAAUAGAAUCAAACAAAAUAUCACAAGUUAUAAAAAAUUAUGUUUUUUUGUUCUAAAAUUUAAAUCAAUUUGAAAUGUUAUCGAUUAAGUUAUGCAUAGUUUAGUAUUCAAAUGAGGAAUUCAUUCAAAUGAGGAAUUCAAGGAAAAACAGAACAAGCACGAAGAUCUGGUAAAUCCUCCUUUAUAUGAUAACAUUUCAAAUUGAAUUGAGUUUCAGAAUGAACAUUCAAGUAUAACGAAAACAAAAUAAAAAGUUUAAUAAACCGUUAAGUAGUAUGUUAAUUACAAAAA